AUGCCCUCGGCCCCGCUUCCAGGCCAAGUGGCACGAUACAGCAGCCCUCUCUUCAUGUAUCGCCGCAUCUUGAGGAAUUCAUCACCCAAGCCUGACACGGUGUUUAUAGCAAAGGACAAUUGCAAGACCGCCUUUCACGUCAUGACACAGCGACCAGGCUAUGGAAACAACCCGUACACUGUGAGCCGCUGGUACCUCAAGGAGAAGGUGCAUAGCAGCAAUAGAAAUCGACUGGAGGGCCUUUACGAGUGUGUGCUUUGCGCCUCCUGCACCGGCAGUUGUCCCCAGUACUGGUGGAACCGUGAACACUUUCUCGGGCCUGCCGUUCUACUGCAAGCGUAUCGCUGGUUGAUUGAGCCGCUAGACCGCGAUUAUGACAGCCGUGUCAAGAUGUUUGAGCAUGGCUCUUUGGUGAACUUUUGCCACAACAUUUACAAUUGCAGCAUAACUUGCCCAAAGUUCCUUAACCCAGCGUAUGCCUCGAAGGAAAUUAAGCGCAUGGGCUCGCCCGUCACACCACGUGUUCCACCGGCAUUGGACACACCGGCAAUCACGAAAUAG